CCGGGUUCCGCAGGCAGGUGCUGUCGCCUCGCGCCGCUGCUGCUGCUGCUGCUGCUGCAAUCGCUGCAAGACCAGAAGCGCGUCCUCGAGAUGGCUUCCGCCACUGACGCCCGUUAUGGCCAGAAGGAGUCCUCGGACCAGAACUUCGACUACAUGUUCAAGAUCCUAAUCAUUGGCAAUAGCAGCGUAGGCAAGACCUCCUUCCUCUUCCGGUACGCUGACGACUCCUUCACCCCGGCCUUCGUCAGCACCGUUGGCAUCGACUUCAAAGUCAAGACCAUCUACCGCAACGACAAGCGCAUCAAGCUGCAGAUCUGGGACACGGCAGGGCAGGAGCGCUACCGGACCAUCACCACGGCCUACUACCGGGGCGCCAUGGGCUUCAUCCUCAUGUACGACAUCACCAACGAGGAGUCUUUCAACGCAGUCCAGGAUUGGUCGACCCAGAUCAAGACCUAUUCAUGGGACAACGCCCAGGUUCUGUUGGUGGGGAACAAGUGCGACAUGGAGGACGAGAGGGUCGUGUCGUCGGAGCGGGGCCGCCAGCUGGCUGAACACCUGGGGUUCGAGUUCUUCGAAGCCAGCGCCAAGGACAACAUCAACGUCAAGCAAACGUUCGAGCGUCUGGUGGACAUCAUUUGCGAAAAGAUGUCCGAAUCGCUUGAUACCGCUGACCCAGCCGUGACCGGGGCGAAGCCGGGCCCGCAGCUGACGGACCAGCAAGUGCCCCCGCACCAGGACUGUGCCUGCUAAGAGACUCCACUGCGGACCCCCCGAUGCCGCCCC